UUGGCACGAAUAGUUCAGGUUGAACAACAAUCGUCUUUUUCUGUCUGAUUAACAUCUCUAUUGUCCACUCUUUGUAAACACAUUGUAUCACGAUAUUACAUAUUUUUGGGGGCUCGUCCGGGAUUGGACAAGACAGAAAACGAAACGGUUUAACAGAGCUAUUCGAGCUAGUUGUGAAUUUACCGGUACGCGGUGCGGUAAAAGACGAUAUCGUUGACGGUUUAAGUUUGUGUAGUGUGAAAAAUGGCAAACGUCGGGGACGAGCGAUUGUCGGGUGAAGAGGGUUCGACGCUGGAGGAGCUGAGGAGUAAGCUCGCGCGAAUGAACCUCCCUAUAUCGGGUGCGAGGUCAGUGCUGAUUGCAAGGCUGAAUCGGGCGUGUAGGGCUGGACAAUCGUGUCCUAAGGGAUCGACGGGCGGUGAAGAGCUAACCGGUCAACGAGAUCUAGGAAACGUACAGAGAGCUGAGCGCGAUUGUAACGAAGAUGAAGAUGUUGAGAAAAUGAAUACGAAGGAGUUGAAGGAGCGCCUCGCUAGUUUGGGUUUAAAAACGACGGGAAGAAAAGUAGAAUUACGCGCACGGCUACAAGCGGCCAUGGAUGGUAACGACAUAUCGUCGGAAGAAGAAAGCGACGACGAAAGUGAGGAUGAAGAUGACAAGAAAAACGCAAGAGGAUACAAGAGAGAUACGCGAAGGGUGUAUCAGGACCGUGACGAAUGUUGUCGAAGGGCAUGCGUUGGUUCGACACUGAGUUUUAGAGACGUCGAAGAUGCAUUAGAGUCGUUUAGUGGCGACAAAGGUGAAAAUGUCGAACGAUGGUUCGAGUCGUUCGAGGAAGUCGCUGAUACGUGCAUGUGGUCGGAUGGGCAGAAGGCAGUCUACGCCAGGAAGCUGCUGAAGGGAUCAGCGAAAAUAUUCGCGAGCUUCGAGUGUCAUGCCAGGACUUGGCAUGAGUUGAAGAGGGGGCUAGUGAAAGAAUUUUCGAGGAAAGUCAACAGUAGGCAAGUACAUCAGAAACUUGAAGAAACAAAAAAGGAGAGUGAUGAAGCAUGUUUGGCCUACAUGUACCGCAUGCUCGAAAUAGCCAGCCAUGUGGACAUGGAGGAGGAAGCAAAGGUGGAAUACAUAGUGGAUGGAAUAAUAGACGACGAGAACAAUAAGGCUGUAUUGUACGGCGCUACGUCAAUCAAAGAGUUGAGGAAGAGGUUAGUGAUGUACGAAGAGCAGAAGAGUCGCAGAGCAAAGUCGAUUGUGAAGCCGGCUGAAACCCAGAAGAACGGGAAGCCCAGUCAAUCUGUAGAUGCAAUGAAGAAAAGAAGAUGCUUCAUUUGCGGUAGUGAGGAUCAUCUAAGUGUUAAGUGUCCGGAGAGGGGAGAAGGUGUUAGGUGUUUCGAGUGCAGCGGAUUUGGACAUAUUGCAGCGAGGUGUACGGCACGACCGAAAGAGACUUGCGUAGUGUCAAGAUCCGAAAAAGGGAAGUAUGUGAAGGACGUGUCGAUAGAUGGCUGCAGGUUUGUCUCGUUAGUGGAUACAGGUAGUGACUUUACGUUCAUACGAGCGGAUGAGUAUGCGAGGUUAGGAUCACCACCUCUGGGAAACUGCAAACUUAGGUUUGAUGGUUUUGGUUCCGCUGGCAAUAGUACCUGGGGCGAGUUUACAAGGGUAAUGACGGUCGACGGACCAGGUAGAGUUGCGAGUCAAACGGGGCGAGGUGACAUUUUUACGACUCGACGAUCAGACCGACGGUCACGAGGACGCGCCGGAUGUACUGAGGGUAAACGCGAUAGAACAAUCCGACGAGAUCGACUUGUCGCAUGCACGAGAACCUCAUUACCGCGAAGCCAUUCGGGAUAUUAUUAA